AUGAACAAAAUUUGUGAUCUCUUUGGCUUCAAGCAGCGUAAAUCUUCUAUGUAUCAUGCUGCCGCCAAUGGUCUUGCUGAAGCAUUCAAUAAGACUCUAUGCAACCUCCUGAAGAAAGUUGUCUCCAAGUCCAAACGAGAUUGGCAUGAAAGAAUGGAAGAAGCUUUGUGGGCAUAUAGGACAACAUACCGCACACCAACUCAAGCAACACCAUAUUCACUUGCUUUUGGAGUUGAAGCAGUCCUGCCACUCGAGCGUCAAAUACCUUCCUUAAGACUUGCUAUUCAAGAAGGGCUCACUGAAGAAGAAAAUGCUCGACUGCGUCUUGCUGAGUUAGAAGCACUUGACGAAAAGAGGCUAGAAGCCCAACAAAACCUUGAAUGUUAUCAAGCUCGUCUAUCUCGUGCUUUCAAUAAAAGUUCGCUUGAGGUGUUUCCAAGUUGGAGACCAAGUUCUCGCAGUAAGAAGACCCAUCAUUACUUCGCACAAGUCUGGGGCAAAUUUACCUCAAAGUGGGAUGGACCUAUAUUGUACAAGAAGCAUAUUCACAUGGUGCUUACAAGCUUGUUGAUGCAGAUGGCGUAA